AUGGUAAUUAGGUUCCAACCAGGUCGGCCCAAUUCAACAGCCCAUGCUAUUGAUCAGGCAUAUUGGAACUCACAGAACGUUCUAGCUUAUUGUUCAGGAAACAAUUUAAUUAUAUUAACAGGGAAAUAUAAGAAACUUCAAACAAUUUAUCACGAAAACGAUUGCACCUCAGUUUCUAUUAAUAAUACGUCAGGCUUAAUCGCGGUAACGGUUAAGAACUACGCUUAUAUUUAUCAACCUUUAAUCAAUUAUAAAAAUAAUAUAUCAGAAUGGAUCUUCUGCUGUAAAUUUUAUCAUGACGACUCAAAAUUAAAUUGCAUAAAUUGGGGCUACAAUAAUAACAUCGUAUUAGGCUCAGAUUAUCUCUCUUUCUGGGAUUUAACUCAACAGUUUAGCCAAGUAAUGAAACCAAUUCUGUUAUGGAAUAAAAAAUUAACAAAACCAGUUUUUUAUCUAACAGUUUCUAAUGACUCAAAAUACAUUGCUACUAUAGGAAAAUAUGAUAAAAACAUUAAAAUCUGGAAAAAAAAAUACAUUGAAACAAAUAAGUUUUGUGAUGAAAAAAAUUCCAAUGAAAGAAAUAAUGAUCUUACUAUAGAUUUCAUUCUGGUUAUUUUGAAACAACCACACUAUGUAACAAAGAUUAGGUGGAGGAACCAUUCACAUACUGAAGAAUCAACCAAAACAAUAACCAGCCCAGAUGUCAGCUGCAGAGGCGUUAUCCCAAGAUCUGAUAUAGAGAAAGAAAAAGAAGAAUCUCGUCAAGUUUUAUAUAGUCUCUGUGCCGAUAAUGUUUUAAGAAUUUGGGAUUGUUAUGGUUUAAAUUAUACAACGUCAAUACAAUUAUGGGGAUCUGUUCCUCUUCGAAAUACAGACACAUUUUGCUUAAUUAUUGAUAGUUGGCUACUACAGGACUGCUUAGCUAAGAAUACUAAGAAAGAAUGCUUUACAAUUUCCAAUCCUGAUUUUGUCCUAACUUUUUCAAAAGAUGGGGAGAUUAAUAUUUACAAUGUGGAUGGUUUAUCUCAUAAUCCCCCUCGACCAAUUAAAAUAAGGAACUUACGAACAAAAUUUUUCAAAAAAUCAAUAAUGCAUAAUGUAAUAGACAAUUAUUUAUAUAUCCCAGAAGUUCAACCCUAUGAUCGUGCCUUACAGGAAGUAUCUAUUAUUUUUCAUAACGUUUCAUCAGGGGUAAUAUCACAUUUUAGUAUUGAUAUCUUUGAGUUGUUUAAAACGGACACAUCAGGUGAUCAUUAUAAUAAUCAACAGCUACCACAUCUACAUACUGCUGUUAAUUACCAUAAUCGUGAUACUCAUAACAACUCACAUCGAAAUUACAUCAAUUUUUCACCAAAUGCUUCUAUAAUGACAAAAUAUAACCAAAUAGGUAGGCUAAGAAAUUUAUGGUCAGGACACUAUAAAUCAAUUCAAAGAUUAAUUAGGAGUAAUAAAGGUGAUGGAUUACUUUCCAUUUCGAGGUUUACUGAAGCAAAAGUAUGGCGCUUGCAAAAAGCCGGUGAAGCUACAUACCUAUGGCUAAGAAGUUCUUUAAAUACUCAAUCCCCUAUUAAAAAUGCUCUCGUACUGCAUAGAGGUAAGCUACUUAUUGUACUGUUAGAAAACGGUUAUUUUCAAGCUUGGGAUUCUUCAAGGGAUUCCUCAAAAUUAAUUGCUCAGCUUAAUAUCUUUGAUAUUGAUUCAAAUUCAAAAAAAGGUGAAAAUAAUUUACCAAUUUUAAUAACUGAAAUACCUUAUAAAUUAGAACCAUUAGUAAAUUCUGUGAAUCAUCAUGAUCAUAAGAAUUAUCAUCAUGAUCAGGGAAACGUUACUAUUGGUAGUGUAAUGAAUAAUGAAGAAAUUCCAUCUGAAUAUUAUGUUAUGUCUUUGAUAUAUGAUAAUGGAUCCAUUUUAGCGUUCAAAUUUAAUAGUGAAUGCAAUUCUCUAGAUAAUGAAAUAACAAACAAUAAUUAUGAACCAAGAUCAGAGUUUAUUGAAAUUUCCUCAAGCUCGUUAAAGCUUGAUAAUGAUAAAAUAUAUAAAAUUUGUGCAAUAGAUCAAUUACACCAUGGAUGCCACUAUAAUAGAUCUUUGAUAUCUGUUUUAACUGUAGAUGGUAAUAUUAAGAUGUUUUCAGCAAAUAUUAAAGAAGACCAAUGCAUUAGUCAUAAAUAUUCAGCAGAAUGGGAAAAAGUUCAUGAGUUUCAAACUAACAUUUCUAAAGCUUCUUUAUUUAAAGCAUCUUCUACUGGGAAAUUUUGUAUUGUGGAUGCAACUGGAAAGACAAUGACUUUGUGGAAUGUUAAUUGGAGUUUAUUAGAAUAUUCAGAGACCUUUGAUAGUACUAUUAUUGAUGUUGCUUGGACAAAUACUGAACAAGACCAAUGCAUUAUUUCUAUUGUGUUUGAAAGCUAUUCUCUGAUGUAUGUUCAAAUGAGAUAUGAUUAUGCUACAAAUAAUGCAAGCUAUAUCCCAGUUGCUAAAACUGAAAUACGGAAUUAUACGAAUCAUAUUAUUGGAGAUUCAAUAUGGCUAAAAUAUGGUAAUUAUGUAAUAGCAGCAGGUAAUCAAUUAUACAUUAAAGAUAAAUCCUUAGAUUUGACAGAUACUUUUUCCUCGCAAUCCUUAGGGUCUAGGGAAAUCAUUUCGAAAGAUCUAAUAACCUUAACUUCAGUAUUAAACGGCCCUUUACCAGUUUAUCAUCCUCAAUUCUUAAUCCAAGCUAUAUAUUCAAAAAAAUUAAAGUUAGUUAGAGAGAUUUUGCUAAGAUUAUUCUUACAACUAAGAAGUUUACAUUUUAAUUCAAAAGACAUUGUACAUCUUGACUAUAUGUUGGGUAUUGAACCAUAUAAGUUUCUCAUCAAAGAUGAUAAGCAUUACAUCCCGGGAAAAUAUCCAGAGCCAUACGAUAGUUUUAAUUCAAUGGUCAUAGAAAGCUUGACCGUUUUACUUACUAAAGUGUCUCUUCCUUAUCUGACCCGUCACCAACAAGUCACUCUUGUCACUGUUGUUGAAGCAGUAGGUAAAAUAUCAAAGAAUGAGGGCAUAUUAGACUUUAAUGGUCUACGAUUUAUUUUAGGUACACAACUAUAUUCGUCACAUAAGACUACUCAAAAGAGCAUAUUAAUGAGAGAUGUUACGUGGGCUCUGCAUUCUACAAAUAAGGAAAUAAUAUGGAGUCUUAUCAAGCAUCAUUGUCCAGAUUGGCAAAAAUCAAGAUCUUAUAGAGUAGCUUACUGGCUACCCAUCGAUCAAUUGAAGGAGCAUUUUGAAAAAAUUGCAAAAAUAGAAUAUACCUCAACUACUGAAAAGGAUCCCUCUAAUUGUGCCUUGUAUUACCUAGCUUUAAGGAAAAAACAAAUCCUAGUCAGCUUAUGGAGACUGUCUGUUGGGCAUCCCGAAAGGGGUAAAAUAUUGAACUUUUUACAGAAUGAUUUUAGUAUAGAUAGAUGGAGAAAGGCUGCUUUAAAAAAUGCAUAUGUACUACUAAGUCAACAUCGUUAUAGAGAAUCUGCAAUUUUUUUUUUACUUGGUAACGCUUUGAAAGAUUGUAUCGAUAUAAUUUUUAAACAUUUAGAAGAUACUGAUUUAGCAAUAGGUAUAUGUAGAAUUUAUGAAGGAGACAAUGGUCCAGUUUUAGGACAGUUUCUAAAUUCAAGAAUUCUGCCUUUGGCUGUGAUUCAAGGUGACAGAUGGACAACAAGUUUUGUGUAUUGGAAACAACUAAGGAGAGAUGUGGCAAUCAAAGCUCUUAUCACUCAACCAAUUAGCAUUGAGGACAAUUAUAAAUUUGUCACAAAUAACCAAUAUAUUGAUAAAUCUUUUCAGCUUGAAGAUCCAGCGUUACUUGUUAUUUAUGAUUACCUAAGAAGAAAAAAUGUUGCCUAUUUUCUUGCAUCAAUGGAAAUUGAUUUGGAAAUAGAGUAUACUUUAAUUUUAAGAGUUCUAAAUAUCUUAGUUAGGAUGGGGUGUGAACUUUUAGCAACUUCAAUGAUUAAAAAUUGGUUGUUUAUUAGAGAGACCGAAAAUCUUUCUAAUUUGAGACAAGUUCCAAGAAGAGAGCGCGCUAAUUCUGGUGUUGAAUUAAUGACACAAGUACCUACAACACCAACGGCUGUCAUACCAAGCUUAUUUGACAAAUUUGACAAAAAUCUUAAGACAAGGCAUGUUAAUACUUUUUCAAGAUCCCGAACGAAUAGCAUUGAUCCAACGUUACGUGUAAAAUUUAGACACUCUAGGGUUAAUAGUAUUGAUUCUACUUUAGAAGGUACCUUUAGAUCCCAGAAUAUAAGUAAUCUGAAAAAUAUGCUAGAACCAGGAGCCAUUACAUUAGAAUAUAGUAAUCUUUUAAGCAAAGGAAUAAAAAAUUAUGAGCCACAGAGGUCUAAUUGUAAUACUAUUAGUUCACAAGUAAUAAUUCAACCAAUAAACUUUCCGUGCGACAAGGUGAAGGAAACAGCGUAUAUUUCAUCACAAGAGCCGAAUAAAAACUCAAUUGAGCAACUAGAAGGCAAUUUUACAUACUUGAAAGCAGAACAUAUAAUUCCAGUUAAAACUUCACCUCAUAGAGAUUCCACGCUAAAUUCUUUGGAAAUAUUUAACCAUGCUUCUAACACUGAUCCAAAUAUUAGUAUAAUACGCCCUGCGAGAGAUACUAUUGUUGGUGAUAUUCAGCCUCAUUCUCCACCCAAAAAUCUUCUAGAUGAGUAUAUAACAUAG